GUUCACUUCCGCAACACAUGGUCGUAAAACCUUAGGAACUUGGUGAAAACAAGGAUCAAUUCCAUCGCGAUAUUGAAUAAAAUCAGAAGUCGAUAUGCAGCAUGAUGAUGUUAUAUGGAGCAUCAUUAACGGAUCAUUUUGCUCAUACAAAGUCAAAACAAAGUCACAGAAAUUCUGUCGUAAUGAGUUUAAUUUAACGGGUCUGUGCAAUAGAUCAUCAUGUCCACUAGCCAACAGCCAGUAUGCAACUAUAAGGGAAGAAAAAGGUAUAUGUUACUUAUACAUGAAAACUAUUGAAAGAGCAGCAUUCCCUGCCAGACUUUGGGAAAAGGUUAAGCUAUCGAGGAAUUAUGAAAAAGCACUAAAGCAGAUUGAUGAAAAUCUGAUAUAUUGGCCUAGAUUUAUAAAACACAAAUGUAAACAGAGAUUUACAAAAGUAACACAGUAUUUAAUCAGAAUAAGGAAAUUAACUCUGAAAAGACAGCAGAAACUGGUGCCACUUAGCAGAAAAGUGGAGAGAAGGGAGAAGAGAAGAGAGGAGAAGGCACUGGUUGCAGCACAACUUGAUAAUGCCAUUGAGAAGGAGUUACUGGAGAGACUCAAGCAGGGCACUUAUGGUGAUAUAUAUAACUUCCCACAGCAUGCCUUUGAUAAGGCACUGGAGGUUGAGGAGAUUUCAAGUGAGUCAGAGACAGAGGAGACAAAAGAAAAAGAAGGAGAGAAAGAGCUAGAUGAAGAGGAGGAAGGAGAUUUGGACGAUGAAGAAUCUGACUCUGGAGAAGUGGAAUAUGUUGCAGAGGAAGAAUUUGAAGAAAGUGAUUUAUCAGACCUGGAGGGCACAGAAAAGGGGAAUGGCAAAUUUGAUGAGAGUAGCAGUGAGUCUUCAGAUGAAGAGGAACAGCAAGAUAAACGAAGGACCAGGCAGCGAAAGAGGCCUAGAGUAGAAAUAGAAUAUGAACAAGAGACUGGACAACCUUCAACUUCAAAGUUAAAACUCAAGGGCUAGGUCAAAAAUCAGAAGGACCUAAAGCUCUAAACAUAACUCUGGCAUUGUUCUUGUAAAUAUGUACAUACCAGUACUGAUUUAAUUUUUUUUUUUUUUUUCGUUUACAAUAUUUAGAAAUCACUAUUUAAUUGCAAGAUAAAAGCCACCAAAUAUAUGAAACUGAGACAGUAAUCUUCCAUUUGUUUUAUAACUGUAAUCAAAUUUAAUAUACAUUGACCUGAGAAUGUUGUGAAUACACUUAAAGCAUGAAAUUAUAUGGCUGCAGUUUCAGUUGUUGAAAUAUUAGAGGCAGAUUUAAAAUGUGUACAUCAGAAAAGGCAGCAAAGCUGUCAAAUAGACAGGCACUUAUGUCUGUAAUGAUAUUACCAGUGACAUUAAAAUAGUCUAGUAACGGUAAACA